CAGAUGCUGGUUGGGAUGAACCCCUGGUAGCUGAAAGCUGAAGCGUGGCCACCACCCUGUGCCGAGGAGAGCAGGAUGCGGGUCACCACGAGGAGGGUGUUGCUGGUGGUGGGCUCGGUGGUCGCCCUGAUGGUGACUCUGCACCUUGGCCAGCAGGUCCUGGAGUGCCAGCAGGUCCUGAGCAAGAGGAGGCACAGGCUGAUGAGACCCGAGAACGAGGAGCUGGUCAUGAUGGACUCCAACCACGUCGAGUACCGUUACAGCAAGGAGAUGCCCCUGAUCUUCAUCGGGGGGGUCCCGCGGAGCGGCACGACGCUGAUGAGGGCCAUGCUGGACGCCCACCCCGAGGUGCGGUGCGGGGAGGAGACCCGCAUCAUCCCCCGGGUGCUGGCCAUGCGCCAGGCCUGGGCCAGGUCGGGCCGCGAGAAGAUGCGGCUGGACGAGGCGGGGGUGACGGACCAGGUUCUGGACUCGGCCAUGCAGGCCUUCAUCCUGGAGGUGAUCGCCAAGCACGGCGAGCCGGCCCGCUACCUGUGCAACAAGGACCCCUUCACGCUCAAGUCCUCCGUCUACCUGUCCAGGCUUUUUUUGCUGAGGGGGCGGGACGGCCGCGCCUCCGUCCACUCCAUGAUCACGCGGAAAGUGACCAUCGCGGGCUUCGACCUCAACAGCUACCGGGACUGCCUGACCAAGUGGAACAAGGCCAUCGAGGUGAUGUACUCCCAGUGCCUGGAGGUCGGGCGCUCCCGCUGCCUGCCCGUCUACUACGAGCAGCUGGUGCUGCACCCCGAGCAGUCCAUGCACACCAUCAUGAAGUUCCUGGACAUCUCCUGGAGCGACACGGUGCUGCACCACGAGGAGCUGAUCGGGAAGCCCGGCGGGGUCUCGCUUUCCAAGAUAGAGAGAUCAACGGACCAGGUGAUCAAGCCGGUGAACAUGGAGGCUCUAUCCAAGUGGAUCGGGCACAUCCCAGGGGAUGUGCUGCAGGACAUGGCCCACAUUGCCCCCAUGCUGGCCAGGCUGGGCUACGACCCCUACGCCAACCCCCCCAACUACGGCCACCCUGACCCCUUGGUUGUCAACAACACGCACAGAGUUUUAAAGGGGGAUUAUAAAACGCCAGCCAAUUUGAAAGGUCACCUGCAGGUGACUCAGAACACAUCAUCUUCUCACUAAGAAAAUUAAUGAUUUCCAGGCUGCCCGAGGCCUUGAGCUGUCCCAGCAAAGAAGAGGCAGCAGCGGCACCGCUGGAGAUGGGUUAUCCAAGCAUAUUGCUUGCUCCGACUAUCGCC